AUGCUUCCGUCGUCGCCAUCGUUCUUGUCCUCAUUCGACCCCGCUCUCCACCUCCACUCCGAAGGAGCUGAAAACACCAACACCGCCAAUCCUCCGUCCGAAUCCUUCUCCGACGAUCUCGACGCAAUCCACGAGAACCGCCUCGACCAAACACGAAAUCGGGUUGUAAUCCAGCACCGUGCUUGGGAUUUAUCGGAUGUUUUUCGCAGUGAGGACGAUAUAAGACCUGAUACACCUACUAAGAAUACUGCUACGACGCCCAGAGCAAUUAGCGGCACUCCCAUUCGAACUUUAUCUUUUUUGCCUUCUUCGCCACCCGUUUCGAAGAUGCCGUUCAUCUCCUUGCCCGGCACGACAGCGUCUGAAAAUGCCGCCAACGAUGCGCAAAAGAGAAAAGCCGAGGCAGGCCCGAAAUUAACGGAGCCAAAGCGACAGCGCAUGGUUGGAGGUUUUGUUGACGACGAUGAAGAUGAUGAAGACGACCUUGACGCAUUCCGUGACGAGCAUAUGAACAGCCAACAUGACUUGCCCGCACAUUUCUUCCAGGAGCCCGCUUCGACCUUACCUGGUAUACCGCCAGUAGAGAAACCUACAAUUCUAAAUGGAAUCAUUGACUCAACACCAAAGGCUUCCCGUCAGCUCCCCAUAUUAACACCAAGACCUGCGCCCACGGCCCCCCAGAGAUUCCAGAUCAAGACUUGCGCCGGCAAGACACAUAGUAUUUCUACGAAAAAGGCCCGGGCCCUUCCCUCCUAUGAACAAAUGAUUGCUAGUCGAUCCGAAACGGAACCUGGAAAAGCGAAGAAGAGUUAUUAUGGUAUCGACAUACAUCAAUUGCUAGAUGAUGCGGCCAAGGAAACCGAGACAUCAAAGACGAAGCCAAAGCCUCACGUUCAGGAGAGCAUUGAACCAAACAAUUUGAACUCCAAACAGAAAAAAGUUGAUUCUGCAAUGUGGACUGAGAAAUACCGGGCUCGCAAGUUUACAGAUCUCAUUGGUGACGAGCGUACCCAUCGAGGAGUGCUCCGUUGGCUUAAAGGCUGGGAGCAAAUUGUCUUCCCAGGCCUGGCCAAAUCUAAAGCGAAAAAGGCUUCCAAGGACGAUGAAGAUGACUAUGCGCAUCGAAAGGUUCUUCUGCUGAGUGGCCCGCCCGGUCUUGGAAAGACCACACUUGCACAUGUAUGUGCCAGACAGGCCGGUUACGAAGUCCUUGAGAUCAACGCCAGUGAUGACCGCAGCAGGGACGUUGUCAAAGGUCGUAUUCGUGAUGCGCUGGGAACAGAGAAUGUCAAGGGUAUGAACGUGGAGGUCGGCGAGCAAAAGGUCCGUCGUGCCGGCAAACCCGUCUGUGUUGUCGUUGAUGAAGUCGAUGGUGUUGUCGGUGGCUCUGGAAGCAGUGGCGAGGGAGGCUUUAUGAAAGCUCUCAUUGACCUCGUCUUACUUGAUCAGCGGAACUCGAAAUGGGCGACAGAGAACAGCGGCAGCAAGAAACGCAAGGGUGAUAACUUUAGAUUUAUGCGUCCGUUGAUUCUGGUUUGCAAUGAUCUUUAUCACAGCAGUCUUCGGCCUCUUAGAGCAUCUUCUAUCGCCGAGAUGGUCAGUGUUCGCCAGGCACCCCUGGAGAACGUUGUUCAGCGAAUCAAAGCGAUUUUCAUCCGCGAAGGAAUCGCCUGCGACAGUGAUGGUGCUCGAAGACUAUGUGAAGCAGCUUGGGGUUUAGCUGGCAGAAAGCAGCGCAGCGGUAGGACUACCGGGUCUGCUGAGGGAGACAUCCGUAGUGUGCUUGUUGCCGCAGAAUUCGUGGCACACAAACUUCGAAACGAGUCUUUACCAUCAUCACUCAGGCUUAGCCGGAACUGGCUCGAGCAGCGAGUCCUGAAUGCAUCAGCUGAAGGCAGCUCUUUCUUCAAGGAGCUAAGUCGCGGCGGUGUCCGCGAGAUCGUGAACCGCGUCUUCACAGAGGGCGCCGGCUUCUCAGAUGGACCUGUCGGCAUGAGCUUCCAAGAUAAAUAUGACGGCCCCAACACCCGUGUUCCUGUCGGCGUGGCAGAUCUUCGCAAGCGACACGCCAUUAACCGAUUACGGGAAAUGGUAGAUUCCAGCGGUGAUCAAGAUCGCUGUGUGUCGGAUUGUUUCGCCUCGUAUCCUAUACAGCAAUACCAGGAUGACAACUACUUCUCCAAGCCCAACACUGCGCACGACUGGCUCCAUUUCCAUGACACGAUGUCGUCCAAGGUUUACUCAUCUCAGGAAUGGGAAUUGAUUCCUUAUCUCAGCCAAUCGGUCGUCGCUUUCCAUCAUCUAUUCGCGACGGCUGCGGGCAAAACCGAGAUUGAAAAGAAUGACGAUAACGAGGACGUCGAAGAGGCACAUCCUUUCUCUGGACCAAGAGCCGACUUCGCUGCCUUCGAAGCCCAGAAGGCCAACCGCGCGACAUUGAUUGCCUUCCAUAACUCUUUCUCUGCACCAAUGGCCCGAAUUUUCCGAUCAUCCGAAAGCGUGAUCACAGAUCUGAUACCGCACUUAACUCGAAUGCUCGCACCAGACGUGAAACCAGUCAUCAUCCGCGGAAACGGUGACCAGCGCAGUUCCGCCAGUGUUCGCAAAGAGUCAGAGCGGGCACUCGUCCAAUCUGCAGUGGGCGUCAUGAGCGGGAUGGGAGUGACAUUUGAAAAAGUUCGGGUUGAACAAGACGGAAACUAUGGAGGAUGGGCGUACAGAAUGGAGCCACCAAUCGAUUCACUUGUUUACUUCUCAAAAACAAAAGGCAGCACCAUCGACUCAUCAGGGAGCACAGCACCAGUCCGCUAUGCCCUCCGCCAAGUUCUUGACCAAGAAUACCGCAAAGCAACAGCACGCAAACAACCAGACGCAUCAAAACUGGGCACGACGGGACCCAGGAAAUCAGAUGAUGUCGCUGCUAAAGCAAUCAGAGAUGCAGCUGUCCAGCGGGAUUUCUUCGGUCGUGUUGUUGCGACGCCUGUUUCCCUGGCUGCGGACUGUGAGGGUGCUAAUUCAGCUGCGGAUGAGUCUUCCAAGGCUGGGAGGAAGGUUUGGGUUACUUUCCAUGAGGGAUUCUCGAAUGCUGUUCGUAAACCCAUUUCGAUGGGUGAAUUGAUGGCAGGCUUGUAA